GCGCAUGGCGGCCGCCGCGCUCCCCCCGGACAGGCGCGUGUGGGCCGACCCCGGAGCAUGCUCGGCGUUGUGCCAGCUGAUCCUGGACGACCGCCGCAGCCCGGGGGCUACGCCAGGCGGGCGACGUCGCCCGCGGCUGCCUCCCACGCUCUACUCGGAGGCACCUCUUGGGGG